GUGCCAGGCGAAACUACAAGUCCCAGAUUGUUUAAGGCGGAAAUAGCGAGACAAAACACGGCUAGGCUACAGCACAACACGGCAGAGAAGAUGUCGCGUGUUGUUAAAAAGAGAAAACUGGACGAAAUCCGACAGGAUAGGCUUUAUUUUGACAGCUAUUCCGAUGUGACUAUCCACGAGGAAAUGAUAGCGGACCACGUCCGAACCAACACGUACCGGACGGCGAUACUGAAGAACAGUGAGUCAGUUCGGGGUAAAGUUGUUCUGGACGUCGGGGCAGGAACCGGCGUUUUGAGCAUCUUCUGUGCUCAGGCUGGAGCUAAAAAGGUGUACGCCGUGGAGGCCUGCUCAAUAGCGGAUCAAGCCCAGAUAACAGUCAAACACAACAACAUGGAGGACAGAAUUGAAGUCAUUCGAGGAACAGUGGAGACGGUGGACCUGCCGGAGACCGUGGACGUGAUAGUGAGCGAGUGGAUGGGUUAUGCCCUCCUGCACGAGUCCAUGCUCAACUCGGUCCUCUAUGCACGCGACAAGUGGCUGAAGCCGGACGGCAUCAUUCUGCCGAGCAAAGCCGAACUCUACAUCACACCUGUUAUUGACCCGGUGGUGGAGGACCGCCUGCAUUUCUGGUACACAGUCAAAGACCAGUACGGAGUGGACAUGUCCUGCAUGUCCGGCUUCGCCCGGAAAUGUAUCAUGAACUCAGACAUCACUGUUAGCUCUGUGACCUGCGAGGAUGUUCUCUCCCACCCGGCCCGCUUCGCCGAGCUCGACCUGCACUCGGUCACCCCGGAGGAGCUGCGGUCCGUGAAGGGCCAGUUCAGGUGCGAGUCGUUCGGCUCGUCGGCAGUGAACGCAUUCUGUGUUUAUUUCACGGUGACUUUCCCGUGCCCGGAUAGCACGGCUCCCCUCGUUCUCUCCACGUCUCCGUGCAAACCAGAGACACACUGGAAGCAAGCGGUGCUGUACCUGGACGCUCCGGUGGAAGUGGUGCAGGACACACCGAUUACUGGAGAGGUUAGAAUGUAUCCCUCAGAGGAAAACGCCAGGCAUAUAUGUAUCCACGUGGACUACUCUAUAGGAGAGCAGAAGCGACAGUCCAAGACUUUUUCCAUCCCUGAUUGGAGCUCUGAGGCUCAGCCAUAGCGUGCCAUCAACACCAAAAUGCACUUCAUUCACCAUGUGUCACACCUGUAUGCCCAAGUCCUCUUAUUGUGUCAUGGUUAUCCAUGGCUCUUAAAAUUCCUGGGAAAGUGGUGUCACUUUAUAAUAUAUUGGCAAAAAUAUAAGAUCACAGUAGGCCUCCCCAGCAAAUGAAUGGACAGCUGCAGAUUAAGACACAGAAUAAAGAUUGGCCAAGGAAUUUAACCUUUUUGUGCAUGUGCAUGUCUAAAAAGUAAAAGCACACUUUCUUUAUUUAGUGUUUGGUUUUAAUUUUGUGUGUUUGAUUAGUUCUUUUACAAUUCAUUAAUUGAUUGAAUCAUUCAUGAAAUAGCCCCUGAAAUACAAAAGGAAAACAGCCUGUUUAUGCCCACAUCUUCAAAUGUCUUGUUUUUCUUGUCUUAGUAGAAAACACCUUCAAAAAUUAGUUGUUUAUCAAUAUGUUUAAGAUGAUUUAAAAGUUUUGAUACAUCAGUGUGUACUAGGAAGAAACCUUCAGAAAGUCUGGCUAAAAGAAGAGUUUGAGGUGAAUUUGUAGCUGCUUGUAAUCAGUCGCUCUGAGGCAGGUUUAUAAAAUGUUAAAUAAAUUCAACACCAUGCUGCAGGCAUCUGAUAUUCUGAUAAACUCGGCCAUUUAUAUUGUGUGGAAUCUCAUCAAAAUUCUGCAUUCAAAUGAGCAUCAGACCAAUAUAUUGACUUGGACUAGCUGCAGUCAGGCAGGAGGCUGCAUCCUACAU